CUACAAUUGAGUUCCAUAAGUCUGCAUUGAACUCGUGAUAGAUGUGUGGUAUUACAUGAGGCUAGCUGUUGAGAGGGCUUUCAUAAUACACUUACUACGCGCGUCUGAGUCAACGCACGCAGGCCCGGAGUCCUUGGUCGCAAAUUAUAGUUAUUGGGUGGUGCACAUUGACAAUUUCUGUGGCCCACUUCAUCCUCUCCAAUGCAAAAAUAGGAGAGUCGGCGUAACGGUGUCUUCGUUUCCGCUCCAAAGGCAGGUUAAUAUGGAAGCGAUCAUCGUUGGAGGAGAGAAUACGGCGGUCUUGAUGUCUGCAAAAUUUGAUGCGUCGUAGUUUGGGAGGAACUGACAGUGAUGAAGCUGUUGAUACUCGCGAGAAAGUAUUCCAGGACCGGCAUCUCUAAACAUGCAUGGUUACUUGUAGUGCGAAAAAGAUGAGAUGCGUCAGGAAAUGUGUACCCUGGCCUUAGCAAGGACGUCGGGUGCCGGUGCACGUACGUGAAGUAUUGCAUAUGUAAAUCUCGUCAGAUUCGGAACGUCGAAGGAAUCAAGAGCCAUA